GACGUACCCAAAGAGGCUUGUGAGGGAAAUGAGUCUCUCUCGGCAGAAGUGGAAAAGCUAAGUCCCAAGUUUUGUCAACUCCGGAGUUGACUUGGCCUAAUUAUACUCUGUACAGUGUAGGCCUCCAGCUUGGUCAGGUGCAUCAGUGGAGAUACAAGCUCUUCUAUGUAGCUGCAUUUUUCCUAUUCGACUCUGAGAAUAAGGUCACUAGCUGGUUCUUUCAAUGGUGUAUCGAAUCAGGCUGAAGCAAAGGCUCUACUGUAAUUAGGCCUCAAGAAUAAGGUUCACGCAGCUUUACUCAUUCACGAUGAUCUCCCCUGCAUGGAUGAUGAUCCAUCACGCAGGGGCCAGCCAUCGAGCCACACCGUAUACAGUGUUGACAUGGCAAUCCUAGCUGGAGAUGCGCUGUUUCCUCUUGGCUUCCGUCACAUAGUCUCACAGACACCAUCUGACCUCGUACCAGAGCCUUGCCUCCUCCGAGUGAUAGUAGAGAUUGCCCGAUCUGUGGGAUUCACUGGAAUGGCUGCUGGGCAGUUCUUGGAUCUUGAAGGUGGUCCAAACUCGGUUGACUUUGUUCAAGAGAACAUAUAUGGAGAAAUGGCGGAGUGUUCUGCACUCUGUGGAGGGUUACUAGGAGGUGCCAAAGAUGAGGAGAUAAGAAGAUUGAGGAGAUAUGGAAGAGCUGUUGGAGUACUGUAUCAGGUAGUAGAGGACAGGGCGCUCUUGAACUUGUCUGAGGAAUACAAAGCAAUGACAAAUGGCAUGGAAGUAAUGUUUAAUUUGCUGACCACAAAUGACUACACAUGGACCAACUCACCUGAAAUGCUUUCAGUAUUGAAGCCUCCUCUGAUGCAGCUCUGUGCCAGGUACCUUUUGCAAGAGAAAAAGAGAGGCAAAGCAUUAGACUCAGUGGCCAAUUUUCACUUGCAAAAUGGAGCGAUGGUUGAAAGAAUAAAUUGGAUGGCAGAUCGGUCGGAGAAAGGACAGCAUCAGAGUGCUGGCAUCAUGGUAAACUACGUGUAUAGAACUACAUCCAGAAGGGACAAUAAUGGGGAUGAAUGAUCUAGAGUAACUCUCGCCCUCCCUAUUUUACUAGAGGCAAAACCCUCAGCUUCAACCUUGGCGUCAGAAGCAAAGCCAACGUUACUUGCAGCUUGGCGGACCGCUUCCUCUGAAAUCCAUUCGAGGAGAGAGCCCAUGGAUUCGAAGUGAACAAGUACAGGAGCUAAACUCAUAGCAAUGAGGAAGGGUGUUUGGUUCUCAUGACUUCAGCAAUAUCAGAUGAUUAGCAAAGGACCAAGGCCCUAUCUGCAAAACACUGUUUUUGGCAGCCUCAGAAUCGAAGGUAAAACCAAGUGUGCCUUGUUCCAUUUGGGUAAAUGCUACAUUUUCAAUUAUCCAGCCUCUUCUCAUGAUGUUUUGGAUAGCUUGGAAGUUAUCAGUAGGCGUUGAAAAUCAUAAUCGCAUUUUCUGGUUAUUUUGUUUCCAGAUUUUCCAGAUUUUUCAGACUUCUAGAUUUUCUAGAUUUUCCAGAUUUUAUUUUUCCAGAUUUGUUUGUUAGCUUUUAGGAAUUUGUUUAUUAUGUUUUAGGUGGUGUAGCAGCUAUAAAAAGGUUAGAUGCCUCAUGUAAAUAUUCAUUCUUUGGAGAAUAAAAAAAACUCAAAGCAAUUUCUCCUGAAUUUCUUCAUGGUAUCAGAGCACGAUCUGGACCAUUCUUUUCUACCUUAUUUUUGAGAGUUUCCUCCAUG